GCCAACGCAAGCACUAGCACACUCAUGGCGAGCAGGCAGCACAGGGGUUUAGGGUCGUCGUCGUCGUGGGUGGCGGCCGCGGCGGACACGGCGUCGUGGUGCCUGGCGCUGUCGCUGGUGGCGCUGCUGCUGGUGUGCUCGCUCGGGCCCGGUGCCGGUGCCGGUGCGGGCGCCGGGAGCGUGGUGCGUGGCGCGGCGCUGUCGGCGCGGCCGUGCGAGGAGAUCUACGUGGUGGCGGAGGGCGAGACGCUGCACAGCAUCAGCGACAAGUGCGGCGACCCUUACAUCCUGGAGCAGAACCCCCACGUCCACGACCCCGACGACGUCUUCCCCGGCCUCGUCAUCAAGAUCACUCCGUCCAAGCCCAGGUAGACGACCAGUCACAUCGACGUCACGUCAUGGACUCCAUCCAUCGUCGCACGAGAGAGAUUUGAGUGGUCAACCAACGUGAAUGAAACACACAAGUGUUCGUUCCAACGCUGGAAAUCGAUCGAUCGAUGUAUCUCUGCAGGUUAGGGGAGAAAACGGAUUGUGAUUUGUGGAUACACACACGGACCCUUGUAGGAGAAAUGAAAAAAAAAAUCCUAUGUUUCUGUUGUGAAUUCUAGCUUCGUCUCCCCUCUGUUAAUUUGGUGAAAA